AUGAAACCCCGUGCGAGUGAGUCGUCCGCCAAAACCGAGACUGUCGCAAGACAUGUCGAAUUCGAUGGCCAAGAUGACACCCUCAGCCCGCUGAAUUGGCCCAUGAAAAAGAAGGUGUAUACAUCGGCCACCCUAGGCAUCACCACGAUGGUCGUUGCUUUCGCGAGCAGCGUCUUCUCGCCAGCCAUACCACAGGUGAUGAAGGUCUAUGGUAUCACGCAAGAAGUUGGCACCUUGGGAGUCUCCCUUUAUGUGUUUGGUUUUGCGUUCGGUCCAUUAGCGUUUGGGCCUUUUUCGGAGUUCAAGGGAAGAUACCCCCCUAUGGUGAUUGCCAUGUUCGGGUUUACCAUCUUCUCGUUCGCAACGGCCGUUUCCAAGGAUGUGCAGUCCUUGUUCAUUUUGCGGUUUUUCACCGGCUUCUUUGGCUCGGGCCCGCUUACACUGGCUGGCCCUCUCUUCAGAGACAUCUUUAGCCAGCGACAGUUGGGUGUCCCGAUAGUCAUGUUCUGUCUUAUGGUAUUCAUUGGCCCGCUGGUUGCACCGUUUGUUGGCGGUUUCAUUGUCAUGAACCGGUCUCUGAGCUGGAGGUGGACAGCUUACAUCCCAGGGAUACUGGGGGCAGCUCUGACUGUCCUAGUGGCUCUCGUGCUCGACGAGACCUACGCGCCCGUGGUACUGGCUCACAAGGCAAACCGACUGCGCCGGGAGACUGGAGAUUGGUCGCUCCAUGCUGAGCAUGAGGAAACCAGCUUCAAUCUCUGUGGGGUCACUAGGGAGUAUCUCAGCCACCCUCUGAAGAUGCUGGUGUGGGACCCGAUCGUGUUGUGCAUGAGCUUGUUCGGCGCCUUUGUAUAUGGUCUCCUGUACCUGUUCCUCACAGCCUAUCCCAUCAUCUUCCAUCGGAUCCAUGGCAUGAGCCUAGGAGUCAGUGGCUUACCCUACCUGGGUAUCAUUGUAGGACAGCUCCUUGGUGCCGUUGCGAUUGCCGCCACCCAGCCGUGGAUUGAGCACAAGGCGGAGCAGACGGGAGGCCAGAUCAUGCCCGAAUGGCGCCUGCCCAUCGCUAUCCCCGGAGCUGCAGCCUUCUCAGCUGGGCUAUUCUGGCUGGGAUGGUCGGGGUACAAGCACACCACCCACUGGAUCGUUCCGACCUUGUCGGGGCUUCUGACGGGAUUCGGGUUGCUGACUAUGUUCUUGCCGUCAUUGGCCUAUCUGGUGGAGGCGCGCGAAAGAAAGAGCGCGUCGGCUGUUGCGGCACACACCUUCUUGCGGUCGGUAGCUGGGGGCGGGUUCCCGCUAUUUGCGACUUACAUGUUUAACGAGCUCGGGGUCGAAUGGGCAUGUACUUUGCUGGGCUGCCUCGGGGCACUUCUGAUCCCCAUCCCAGUGCUGUUGUACAUGUUUGGAGCUCGGAUCCGCGCCAAGAGCCAACUGUCGAGUUAA